AUGUACCGAAUCGAAAAGAAAUCAUUCAAUUAUGCAUGCGUUAAAGUGAUUGAUCAAGUGAUAUUUGUUUGGAAUAAAGCAAGAAUACCGACAACCAGGAAAGAUAACGCAAUUAAUAAGUUUAAAAAGCUCUACAACCAAUUGCUUUAUCUUUUUAAACAUAAAGAUAGAAAAACAGAGCUUCACCGUCAACAAGUAUGUGGGUUUCGUUUAAAAAUGGCUAAUCUUUUUGAUAUUGGUGAUGCUGAUGCUUUAAAAAAAAUAAUGAUUGAAGAAGAUAGGCAAUUUUUACUGACACAACGAGAGCUAGGUAGAAGGGGUUUUAUAUCUACAGAGGACGUGUUUACUACCCAAAAAGAUAAUCGUAAAAUGGAGCGAGAAGAAAAACUACGGCUAUAUAAAGAAAAGGUUGCCAAUCGUAAUUCAAGUAAUAUUUAUGAUUUUACUUCAUCAGACACGGAAGAAAAUCAUUCGAGUGACAAUAGUUCCGAUGAUGAUUUCAAAGUUAAGGAAAAAAAAUUAAAAAAAGUCAUUGCAAGCAAAAAGAAAUUGAAACCUUUAAUAACUCCAGAAUUAGCAGGUGUGUUGGAUAGAACUAAAGUCGGUGAUCGGCAAGCAACUUUUAUCAUUGGAGAUACAGUAAAAAGUUUAGAGGAGGAUAUUAAUUCUUUUGCGUGUAGCCGUAGUACGAUUAAACUACAUCGUGAAAAAAUAAGGCAAGAUAUGGCUAGUUUUAUAAAAGAAUCGUUUACACCAAACAGCAAAUUAACUGUUCACUGA